AUGACCGGACUCCCUCCUUCCGUGCUCUCUUCCUCCUCUCUGGAAAUCAGCAAGAUGCAGCUUCGAUUUUUUCACCUAUGCGAAGCUCCUGGCCACUUCGUUUCUUCGCUGGACCGCUUUCUUUGCACGUUCUAUCCUAAGGUGAACUGGGAUUGGGAGGCUAAUUCCUUCAAUCCACAUCAUGAGGGUACCAGUGCAUGCGGUAUGUUGCUUGAAGAUGAUCUGAUUUUCUUAGGCGUCCAGAUCAUUAGCACUUUGGCUAGGAUGAGAGCGGCGACGUCAGAAAGAAGUACCUUGUCUGCUUACGGUUUAAUGGCGCUGUGCCAUCAAAGAGUGAUGGAAGAAACGCCGAAAAUUUUCGAAGGUUUCAUCAGUUAUGUGUUCUUUUCUCUGGAGUUUGAUGAUCGUUAUUCCAGGAAGAAUUGA